CUUCCGUCUCCCGUCGGGGCCGACAGCUGCGGCUCCGGUAGAGUCGCCGGUUCGGAGCCAGGAGCAGUGUGGAGCUUCUGUUCCUCCAGUGAGCGCUCCACAUCUGUCUGAAGAGACACACAAGAUUGUUGAAGAAAUACCCAGUCUAACAUUAGAAGCCUGAAAGAUUUACCUUGGAUGCAAAAGCCUGUUUUCUCCACAAAGAUUCUUGGAUCACUGUAAGUAUUGCAUGGACACUGAAUGUUUUGACAAAUUUCACAUGCUACUUCGUUUUCCUGUCUUCUUUUGUUGGUGUCUUAUGAGAGCAGAGAAAGUAAAAGAGUGAAGAAAGACAGAGCUGUCUUUGAAUCUUGAAAAUAACACCUGGAAAAUUAUAACACUAGGUCUUUUAUUUUUUAUAGGCUAGAUAUGAGUGAUACUUCACAUUCUCAAAUUUGAAAUCAGAAGAGUCUUAAAAUCUAAAAGAGCCCAUGAAGAAAAAUCAGGAGCCUUGGGUGAUCUGGGAGAAAUGGCAUUAAACAUUCUGUUGAGACACCCUACACAAAGCAAGCAUUUUGGAUUUGCCUGAAGAAAAAGAAAACAAGAAAAGAUGGACUGGAAUGUAAGGCCAGUCCAGAAUGCUGAUGCAAAUGCAAACCUGCAAAAUAAAGGAGCAUGUUUCACUCAGUUACUUCCUAAUGGACAUGCCUUUCCUCAGACAAAUGCCAGCUCCUCUAAAAAUGCCUGCACUUACGCUGAAAAUAACCAAGUCGUCUAUGUGCCAGCUGUCAAUGUUGCCUUCCCUGCUGUAAAUGGUGAAGGAUUCAAAACUACAGAUCAGACCUCCCCAGGAGCAUCUGUAACUGGUAAUAAUUUUUUUAUGUCAAAAUACUCAGUUAAACGACAUGAACAGAUGUACAUAACAGCUCUGAAACCUCCCAUUCACAAUUCACCUUUGCGACCAGAGAUGACUACGACUUCUUGGCCAGUCUCUAAUCCCUACAGUUAUCCCUGCAGGAAUUUACCCCACCAGCCCCCUCAAAUGAACGCGGGGAAUAACGUAAGGAAUGUGCUUGGGGAGCCUCAGUAUGCCAAUACCAAUGCUUACACUGUGCAGCCAGAAAUGCUGCAGCCUAAUUCUCUGAGACUUGCAACACUACAACAAGGUGGCAUUCAUCCCCAGAAUAAUUCUUUUCCUCUUGGUACUCCUGGGCAACAUGUCCAACCCCAAAUAUUUAAUUCCAAUGCUCAACAGAGUAAAGUUUCAUAUUCAAUAAAUCAAAGUACUGGGACAAAUGUACAGCUGCCACAAUUUCAGCAGAGUCAGGUGGCAUCAGAAGCUCCUAGAGGAUGUUCUGCUCCAUCUUUGUUGCCUGCCAGCUGUGUUUCAAGACCUGCAGCACAAUCUUCAAUGGGUGUACCACAGGAAGUGCAAAAUGUACCUAAUGGAUACAACAUUAACCAGCAGAGGUGCCCACUGGAUCCAAAAAAUGGUCCUGGGUUUAACAGUAUUCAGCAAUACUGUCAGAAGCAGCAAUCUGGAGAAGUCAGUCAAUCAGUCAGGAAUGUCUGCAAUCCAAGUGGAAGUGUGGCAGCAAAUCCAUCUUUUAAUGAAAGCUCUGUGACAUCCCCUGGCAUUCCCAAGGCACUGCUUGAUGUUGUGAAAGAAAUAGAAGCUCUUUCUUCAAAGCCGCUGAGUGAUCCUGCUUCAGUUCCAGAGAGCCAGACUAGUAGUUUGAUGAAUGGGCCUGUUAAUGCUCAGAUUUCUUCAGCGACAACAACACAUGGAAUGGGAAUUACAAAGGAGAGACUAGCUUGGGAAGCUGAGAAGCUGAGCUGUCUUAAAAAAAAGGUUGUCCUGCUUGAAACGGUUCAUAAUUAUAAGAAAAAAAUCUAUCAUCACAAGAAUACUCUCCCUCCUCCUCCUCCUAGUUAUUCAUGUUCUCCUGCUAAUUGUCUUCCAUGCAUGCCCAAACAAAAUGUACCACCUUCCCCAUCUGAAGCAGUGAGGACAGAGAGGCCCAUGCUCAAGGUUUCACAUGAAGAAAGAAAGGACAAAAAUCUAGCCAUUGGUGAUAACCAAAGAUUGGAAGUGACUCAAAGUAACUCUCAGAUAGAGCAGGGAAACCUUUCUUCAAGCUUCACUCCUAUUCCCUCUCAGAGCAAAGUCCAAGCUCAAUUUAAUAAUCCUGAGAGCUCCUUGGAACAAAGGGAUGUGCAUGCCCUGGCCUCUUCUCAAGGAACUGUGACUUCCUCGAACAAUGCUUUAUGUUCUACUCAAGCAGGGAGCUCUGUCAAGAUUGCAUCAAAGAGUUUACAAAUUGGCCCCGAGAACUCAUCAUUUCUUCAGUUUGUAUUGAGCAGCACAAAUGUGCUGAAAGAGAAGACAGCUGGUGCUACCGCUGAUAAAAUACUGACGAGUCUACUGUGUAAUGACAAACCACUGCUCGAUACAUCUGUCACGGGUGGAAGCUUGCUAAAAGACACUAGUGAGAAGAACGCAAAAAGUGUGAAAGGUGAGCAGGCAUCUGUGGCUCAUACAAACUCUCCUGCAUCAGAAACAACUGCAUCUGGUGAUGCUAAAUUCCAGACUGAGGUAGCUCAGAAAAAAACACCGUUUAGUGAGAAUACAUCCUGUAACCAGAGCAAUUGUAGUUACUCUGUGGAAGAGCUGGCUGCAUGCCUGCGCUUGUGGGAGAAUUAUCCAUCAGAAUCUGUAAGUGUGCAAAAUAAACAGUUAAAUGAAAGCACCACAGCAAAUCAGGUUUCAUCCUCCAACGAAAACACAGCGAAGAGAGAGAACAAAAAUGUUCUAGCUAGCAUGGAUGAGGCCAUUUUGCCUGUAACAACUACCUCUGUGGGACAAAAACUUGAUACUUUGACUUCCAAUUUGAUAAAAAAUUUUGAACCUCAAGUUGCAGUUGUCUGUCCUUUAGUACUUUGUGAACAAAGAACACCAAGUGAGCAGGCAGGCAAGAUUCCAACACCUGAAAGUAAAACCUAUCCCGUGAUCAACUCGGGGAGCUCAUGUAGCUUGCAAGAAGAAGGGAAAAGUGGUGUAAGUGUGGUAAAUACUGCCAAAGGAACAAUAGAAGAUGCUUGGUCAUCACCCAGUGAUUGUGUUGUGGAACAAAAAGUGGACUCAGAUUUGCAACAGAUCAAAUUAGGUGAUGAAAACCAAAGGGAAGUUAGUCAAUCUGCACAAGAUGCAAGAAAACAUCUGCAGCUUGGAUUACAAAACAAGGCUACUCUUCCUGAAUCAGGCACAAAUUUUUGUAGUCAAAUCUCUCAAGAAGGUAUAAGAGACCAUGAAGACAAGCGAACUGUUUUAGAGGCAGGAGAUACAUCCACAGCUGUGCUGGAAAAUGACAUGUUUUGUAUUUCUAGUGUAUGCUCUCUUGUUGAAGGUGAUAAAUUUUAUGACCCACAAAUAGCAGGCAUGUUCAAGUCAGUCUAUGAAACACAUGCAUCAGAAGGAAAUGCAUCUGGUGUAAGGCAAAAGGAACAACAUCCGGACUUGCAUAAAAUCGAACUGAGCAAUAACACUUCCCAAAGAGAGAGCUUGCUGCUAAAGAUGUUGGAAGAAUCAUCAAGUCAUUUGGAGAAGGAAAGCAGUGGCAAUCCUCCUAAUGCAGUUUCUACCCCUGAACAAAACACGUCAUUCAAGGCAUCUUUCAAGCAUCCUGAAAAUUACUUAGAAAGUCUUGCUAAUAUAAAUCAGAAGUUAGCCCAAAAUUCACUAGAUUCUUCUAUCAGCAUAACUGCUAAAACAAAUGCACCUGCUGUUCCAGAAAGCCACAGUAAACAAAAUUCCAUGCCCAGUAAAAAUAGCACAGAAAAGGAGGUGAAUUUUUUCGGAACAGAACCUAGUGGAUAUCUAAAAGAUCAGCUACUUGCACUAGUGAAAGAGUUUCCAUAUGGCAUUGAAGGUGCUGAUAUGCUAACAAGAGAAGCAGCACAAAAUCAUUCUGUGGCUGAACGGACAGAGAAGCAGUCUCAAAAAGAGAUUAAAAUUUGUGACAAGAAUUCUCGUUUGAAGGACUCAGUAAAUCAGACUAAAAUUGCAGUGUUAAGCUCUGAUCAUGUUCAAGAACUGUCUCCGGGACACAGCCAGUGUUCCUCUAGUGACAGCAAGAGAGAAGUGAGUCAACAGUUAGAAAAGGCUUCAGCUGACAAGGACAACCUUGAAGGCAGUGUCCAGCCUAGCCAGAAUCUAUGUGAGCAGGAAAAAGCCCCACAAGAAACUUCUACUCCCAGUGAAAAAAGUGAGGAUUGCUCUUUAACUGGUGGUGUAUUUUCAGCAUGUAAACACCACAUUGUCCCUCUNUUAGAAACAUCUGGUUCAGAGAAAAAUGGUUGUCAACUUUCUAAAGCUGAAAACAAUGACUCUGCAGAGACAGAAGAAAACAGCAGUCAAUCUGAUGCCUUGAAAAAGAAAAACUGUGCAGUGGGAGACCUGACAGUUUCUGAAAAAAUCCCAGACAUUAUAAGCAAAAAUAAAGAUGUUUCCAAAUACACUACUGCAAUGAACAAAAAACCUAGGCUAAAGGUGGAUAAUGAAUACAAACUGCCUACAACACAGCAGGAAGAAAUUGGACCAGUUAAUUCCUUUGAAAACCAGGAUGCUGAUAAAUACAAAAGCAGCAGUGGGAAGGAAUAUCUGCAAAUUGAUAAAGGAACUCAAGUAUCAAGUAAAGAAUUUCAUUCUGAUGAAAAAGAGCACCAGACAACCUCCCAAGAGUUAUCAGAGAAAAAUGAUCGUACACAUACAGACAGCAUGGCGAACUUGUCCAUAAAGAAGGAGAGAGUUUUCAAAACUGAGUCCCUUUCAAAAGAUAUAACCAAACCAGGUUUGACCAUGAAAUCCAUAAUGGACAUUCACCAAUCCAUGAAGUCAGAAACUGAUGAAAUUGAGCACUCUGAAGUCAGUCAAGGACAAAAAAUUCAAACUUCUGAAGGGAACUCAGCUGAAGAACAGAACUGUAGGAAACAAAAGGAGAUGCUUAGGCAAGACGUAGGAAUUAGUGUCAAAGAGCAAGCAAAAUCACCAGCAGAAAUAAAACAUAAAAAAUUGAGUAGUUACCGAGCUGAUGCUGUAAAAUUCUCAGAUAGUAGCACUGUAGACUUCAAAUCAAGACACACCAAAUAUUCUCAGCAUAAAUCUGUGAAACUUCAUCCUUUGCAGGAGCAGCCAUACAAACGGAAGAUGAAGGAAAAUAUGGUUGGGAAGAGAGAACUUAAGAAAGCAAAACUAGAAGAGGAAAGACUGAAACAAUCUGAAGCAAAGAGUUCUAAGCAGCUUGCACACAAUUGCAUGCUAAACGCUGACAGAACUAAAAAACUGAAUGGAGAAAAUGGUUGGAAACCAAGGAGUUCCUUAGCAGAUUGCUCUCUGCUUAAACUGCAGAGAAAAAGGGCUCGAUCUUCUAGCAUGUCUAAGAACUACUUUUCUAGCAAAGAAAGACAUCUCGAUGGUCAAAACAAAGAUAAGUGCUCUGAGAAAAUGUUUCCCGAUAAAAAUCUUCUAUACCUAAACAGAAGAAAUAGCAGACUAAAACUGCAUCUUCAAAAGGAACCCAAAAAACACUACCUGAACAGAGUGGCAUUUAAACGUACAGCGCAGGAGCGCAUCUAUCUGACAAAAUUAGAGACAUCGCCUGUCAGACCUGUCUGGCAUAAAACCACCAAAGUGUCACAAAGCAGCAACUCAAAAAGAGAUGUGGCUGUCUCGACAGUUGAGAAAUCAUGCAAACAGGAAGUCCUUGAGUUCAAGCUGUGUCCAGAGAUACUGUUCAGAAGUCCAGCCCCUGGUGAAGAAAGCUUAGCUGCAAAGAAUUCUCCAGAAAGAGAUAAAGUUGUUAUAGAAGGUGUUAAAAGUAAAAAAGAAGAUUGGUUAAAAUGUGAACCAGUGAAGCAAAAGAAACUGGAAGAAAUCUCUACAGCUGAGGACAGUAUUCCCCUUGAUACAGCUAUACAGAUCCUGAAUGGAGAUGGAGGGACUCUUCAGAUUCCUGUCAAAGACUCAAAAGAAAUGUUUCAGACCUACAGGAAAAUGUAUCUGGAAAAAAAUAUGCAAAAGUCUUGACAGCACUUCUGUAUCAAAGGUCUUACUAUCACUGAGAAAAAAAUGCCAACACUAAGAUGAUUUUGUCCUGUUUACUUAAUAUUGCUGAGUAAUUGUAAAAACCCAGUUUUCUGGUGAGUGUUGAAAAUUUCCUUCCCUAUUUUCCUCGAAUUUGUGAAUAAUUACCAUCUUAUUCUGUAUUUAUUGUCCAAAUAUGCUUUGGUGCUCUAAAUGUUGUUUUAAAUGUAUUGUUUCUUUUGGCAUAUUUGAUUCUAUUUUUUUUUUAAGAUAGAGUAGCUCAUUGAAACUUGACCAAAAAAUAACAAACUCAUUUAAACUGUCAUAGCCUGUUUUCUUGCCUGAUUCCCAAAAACUUCUACUUGUUAUACUUUCCAUUGCUGGCAGUAGAAAAAUAUUUCUGCUGCAAAGGGAUUGCAGUGGAUUCCCAAGCAUUACACUUCUGUUUCCCACUUAUGGUAGUCUGAUAGUUUUGCUUCUAAAAAGGCUUUCUGUUUUUAUGGAAACGUUUUUUUCUAAACUGGGAAUGGAAAUAUAAACCCCUCAAUUCAAGCACACAGAUCAGGGGCAUUUAUGAAGUAUUUAUGCUGCUACCCAGUUUCAUUACAUUUCUUUUUAUGGAGCUUGUAUGGACUGAACUCUUGAGUUCUUAGUUUGAAGUCUUCAGUUUAUUGAAGACUUCUCUUCCUUUUCUUUCUUUCUUUGCACUUGAAAGAAAAGUGCAAUUGUUGAAGUGCGGGGAGUUCAAAUUCACUCUUGUCUGGAUUAAGUUGCUAAGUUCAGCUAGACUGUAAUUAAUUUCUUUGUUUAUAAAGUGUUAGAUUAUGUUUGCUUACACAUUCACUGACGUAACAGUUGUGUUUGUCAUUGGCUAUCUUAUGUUUAAGUGCCUUUUCACUGUUACUCAAAAUCUAAAAUCGUAUUUUUACAGAUAUUUGGUACUUGAUUCUUUCUAUCUUAUUAAACCUUUAUGCUGAACGAAAAACCUGUAGAUACUUUACUGAACAAUUUUUAUACUUGAAAUAAACUUUUGAGGACUACA